GGUACCAACACUGGUAAUUUUUUCAAGUAAGUGCAACUUCUGGGGCAGUUCGUAACAGAUUGAGCAACUCUGGCGUUAAACGAGAAUUAAGCCGGCGGUCCCACAUGUCAUAGCAAACGUCCGUGUGCGUGGCCGUUAGGGCAAGAGCAGAUAAGAGGCUCGGUCGACCAGGUGCGACUCGACCAGUUGACGCGCUCGUGCCACCUCUCUCUCUCUUCUCGCUCCGGUCGAACGCCGCCGCGCCGCCAGGACGAACGCCGCCGCGCCUCGCCGUCGCAAUGCCGUCGUGGAAUGACGGAGAGAGCAGCGAGGACAGCCUGCUGUCCGAUUUCGACUAUGGCCACGGCCUCAGCCCUCGCAAGCCGGUAAGAUUUUGCCUCCCUGUUCACUGAUAAGGGUUAGGGUUUCUACGAUUUGGGAUUUAUCGAUUGAAUCAAAGACCAGUCGAUUGAAGCUUAGAUCUUGCCUGCCUGUUCCUUCUCUUAGAUACCAGAAACAAUUCUGGACACCGAGUUCACCGGGUACGACGAUUGCGAUUUGAGGUGCAACCAUGAUAUGCCAAUGUACAGGUUGGUUUGCUUCGAAGGAGAGAACACGGGCAGGAGAUUUCUGGCUUGUGGAUGCAAGGAUGAGGAAAUGUGUGACAAGGUUGAGUGGGUAGAUGGGCCAUGGCCACCUCCACUGCAGAGGAGUUUGGUCAAGCUUUGGGCCAUGCAUGAUGAAGAGAGGGACAGUAGGAUACAUGGUAAUGUGGAGUAUGCCACUAGGAAUUACCAACUGACAUUACAGAAAAAAGAGUUGGAGAAGAAGAAUAUGGAGUUGCACAAGCAAGUGGGCAAUGCUCUGGAGUAUGUGUCAGAGAUAACUUCUCAUGACCUUGAGCUUGAAGUGGCAAAGAGAGAGAAGGCAGAGCAAGAAGUGAUAUCAUUGAGGGAAGAAAAGAAGAGGCUGGAGCAUGAGCUGGCAAAGAGGCCCAAGACAGAUGAUGAAUGCUCAACUUUGAAGGAGGAAAAGAAGAGGCUAGAGUACUAUGUUGCGGAACUCCUGAAGCAAUCCCAUGCUCGAAGGAUAAGAUGA